AUGUCUGAGCCCACAGCCGAGCAGUCGCACCCGGCUGAGGCUGCGGCCCCCGAGGCUGCACCCGCGCCCGUCGAGGACGUCAAGCCUGCCGACAAUGUCGAGGCCGCCGCCGCCGCCGCCAUCCCGGCCGAGGUCGCGGAGCUCAAGGCCGCCGCCGAGGAGGAGGAUGUCGCCACGCCCAUCUCUCGCGACGAGGACCCCAAGUCUAGGAGAGUCUCCCUCGCCGACCUGAGCGCAAGGGGCACCACGCUGUAUGCCCACAAGAACUACGACGACGCCGCCGAGAUCUUCUCCAAGGCCAGCGCCAUGCAGGCCGAGCUCAACGGCGAGACGGCCCCCGAGAACGCCGAGAUCCUCUUCCACUACGGCCGAAGCGUCUUCAAGGUUGGCCAGAGCAAGAGCGACGUGCUCGGCGGCCCUGCUGCCGCCGACAAGAAGGCCAAGCCCGCCAACAAUGGCGGCGCAUCCAAGAACCCUGCCAAGACGGACGAGCAGAAGGCGGCGCAAGAAGGUGGCGCCGCUGCAGCCUCGUCUGCCUCCGAGAACAAGGACGAGGGCUCUGCUGAUGCAAAGAAACCGUUGUUCCAAUUCACCGGCGACGAAAACUUUGACGACUCUGAUGACGAAGAGGCCCCCCAGGAGGAGGAGCAGGAAGAGGAAGAAGACGACCUUGCCACCGCCUUUGAGAUUCUCGACCUCGCCCGCGUCUGCUACCUCAAGCAACUGGACCAGCUCCGCCAGGUGGAGGAGGCGGAAGGCAAGGGCAAGGAGGUCGCCCAAGACUCCCCUGCCGUCCGACACAUCAAGGAGCGCCUGGCCGACACCCAUGACUGCCUUGCCGAAAUCUCCCUUGAGAACGAGCGAUACCCCGCCGCCAUAGAAGACGGCCGUAUCUCGCUCAACUACAAGAUGGAGCUGUACCCGGAGGAGUCUGAAAUCAUCGCCGAGGCACACUACAAGCUGUCACUUGCCCUCGAGUUUGCGUCCGUCACCACGUCCGGCGACGACGGCAAGAACGAAAAGCGAGAGGCCAUGGACCAGGACCUCCGCGACGAGGCUGUCAAGGAGAUGGAGCUCGCCAUCAAGAGCUUCAAGCUCAAGAUCCAAGCCACCGAGGUCGAGCUCGCGACCAGCUCGUCGCCCGAGGACAACGAACUCACCCGCAAGGCCAUUGCCGGGAUGAGGGAGGUGGCCGCCGACAUGGAGCAGCGGCUCGUCGACCUGCGCAAGGACCCCGUCGACGCCAGCGACCUGCUCGGCGGCGAUGCCGCGGCCAAUGCCCUGGGCGGCAUCCUCGGCGCCGUCGCCGGCGAAUCCGAGGCCGACAAGCAGGCCCGCGUCGAGCAGGCCGCCAAGAACGCCACGGAUCUCAGCGGCCUCGUCCGCAAGAAGAAGGCCAAGGAGCCCGAGGCCGCGCCCGAGGUCCCCGCCGCGGCGCCCGCCACGUCCACCAACGGCAAGAGGAAAGCCGAGGACGAGCCCCUGCCCGAGGGCGGCGAGUCCCCUAAGAAGGCCAAGGUCGACGACGGCGAGGCCGCCGAGGCCUGA